CCACAGCGUCUAAAUAAACGCAGAGAUUGAGAUUAUUGAGAAAGAAUCGGCAUUUCCUCUUGGGCUAAUUAGGAUUUCAUAUUUUCUUCUUUUUCACGUUACAUGCAAGAAGAAGAAGAAGAUCUUCAAGAAGAUGACUAGUCGGACGACGCGGGUGGGCAAGUAUGAGCUAGGUCAGACACUUGGACAAGGAACUUUUGCCAAGGUCAAGUUUGCAAAGAAUUUGGAAACCGGCGAAAAUUUUGCUAUCAAGAUUCUUGACAAGGAGAAUGUUUUCAAGAAUAAGAUGAUUGACCAGAUUAAACGUGAAAUCUCAACUAUGAAGUUAAUCAGACACCCAAAUGUGGUUCGGAUGUACGAGGUUAUGGCUAGCAAGACCAAGAUAUACAUAGUUUUGGAGUUGGUGACUGGUGGAGAACUCUUUGACAGGAUUGCUACCAAGAAAAGAUUAAACGAACCUGAAGCACGAAAAUACUUUCAACAGCUUAUAAAUACAGUGGAUUACUGUCAUAGCCGAGGCGUAUUCCAUCGCGACCUCAAACCGGAGAAUCUGCUUUUAGAUGGAAAUGGAGAUCUGAAAGUGUCUGAUUUUGGAUUAAGUGCUUUGCCUCAACAAUUUCGAGAAGAUGGAUUGCUGCAUACAAAUUGUGGUACGCCAAACUAUGUAUCUCCAGAGGUGAUUCAUGAUAAAGGGUAUGAUGGAGCUAAGGCUGACAUUUGGUCAUGUGGAGUCAUUCUUUUUACUCUUAUGGCUGGAAGAAUCCCUUUUGAAGACCCCAAUAUGCAUGCUUUAUACACUAAGAUUUCCAAAGCCGAUUACACCUUCCCCACUUUCUUUUCUUCAAGUGUCAUGAAGCUCAUCAAACGAAUCUUGGAUCCUAAUCCUCAAACACGAAUAACAGCAGCUGAAAUCAUUGAAAACGACUGGUUCAACAAGGGUUACAAGAAACCUACUUUCGAAAGCCAAAAUGAUGAUCAUCAGGAUGAUAAAGUUGUCGAUGAUAUAUUUGACGAAGCAUCAACAUCCAAUCUUGUUGUGGAAAAGAAACAACAGGAUCAUCAGACAGGGCCAUCGACGCCUGCAGUGAUGAAUGCUUUUGAACUCAUAUCUACUUCUCAAGGACUCAACCUCAGUUCUUUAUUUGAAAAGCAAAUGGGGCUAGUGAAAAGACAAACAAGGUUUACAUCAAGAUGUCCAGCCAAUGAUAUCAUCACAAAAAUUGAGGAAGCUGCAGGACCUAUGGGUUUUGAUGUCAAGAAAAAUAACUUCAAGAUGAAACUUCAAGGAGAAAAGACCGGCCGUAAGGGUCAUCUAUCUGUUGCAACCGAGAUAUUUGAGGUGGCUCCUUCGUUUUACAUGGUCGAUCUUCGCAAAUCUAGCGGAGACACCCUCGAAUUUCAUAAGUUUUAUAAGGAACUUUCUACCGGAUUGAAAGACGUUGUCUGGAAAUCACCAGAUGAACUAGACCAGGAAUUCAAACAGAUAAAAUAGACAUAUAUUCAAUUCAAACCAAGUUUUUUUUUGUUUGUUUGUUUGUGCAUAUUCAGUUGAAAACUUGAUAAUAUUGAAAGUUCCUCC